AUGUCGGAGCGGAUGCGGGCGCGGCAUCGACGUCAGCCGCGGAACGCCGAAGACGUGAUGGCCGUGGAGCCGAGCGCGGAUUUUUCUGCCGCCGGUCCUCUAAUGCCCAACCUCUUCCAUCCUCCCGAAGACGUCAGCGACAACGAUUCCGUUGAUUCUGACGAUGAUGAUCAUCAUCGGAAGUUGAUUCGCGACCCUGUUAGUUGGUGGUGUUGUGUCUGGACUGCUUUUUCAUUAAGGGAAUCGAAUAAAAUCGACUUUGGGGUCAAUAAUUUCUGACCAUAUGCCUUAAAGUUUUGUGAAUAAAUUCCUGCCUGGACUGAAAUUGUAUAGAGGAAUAUUUAUUGACAGAUCGAUGUGAACCCUAAAGGCUUCACUUGGAUUUAUAGUCAAAAAAAAGGCAUUGGUAGGAUUUUACGAUUUUUAUCGAAUGUUGGAGAAGAUUAUAAGAAAAGCUGUCUUAAAGAUAGACUUGAUUGGAAUUCCUAUGGAGGAAAAUGAUUUAGAGGAUUUUCAGAAGCAGCUCUUGAAGAGAUUAUCAACUUAUUUUGUAAAAAAGGAAGAUUUUGGGAAAAUUUUUCAAAUCAGAAAAAAAAAGUAGGAAACGGGCGAUUAUAACAGGGUCAGUGACGUUUCCAAGAGUUUUUUUCAGUUUUUGAAGUUUUUUUCGGAAAGAUUAUCAUUGAGCCAAUUAUUAAGGUGAAAUAGAACGUUUUGUAGCUUUUCCUAUGUAGGAAAUAGCUGUGAAAGUUUAUUUCAAAGAUAAAGAUUGGAAAAAAAGUUUGAAAAUUUGCUUUCUGUUGGGUAAUUCUAGUGGUACCGGGAUAAUUAGAAGUAUAAAAAUCGAUAUUUUUGAUUUAUGGGAAUUUUUUGUUUGAUAUUCUCGAUCUCCACUCAGCUGUUUAUUGAAGAUUUAAAAAGUUUUUGCUUUUUUGAAAUUUUAGUUGAAAUCUUUAAAAAGAAUCUUUAGUCCUAGUUUUUAGUUUUUGGGGAUUUUUUUUUAUAGGAAUUCAGACGUAAUUUAGAUGGGGAGUUCAAAUAAGUUAUUUAGGGACCAGUGAUGAAGUUCACAUAUUUUUCCUUCAAAAUAUUCAAUUUGAAUUUUUUUCCAGACGGUAGACCCCAACGCCAACUGGUUCAAAAAGAACACACGAUGCACUUCGCGGCGACAUUUCCUCAAUACUUUUGCUCCUAUUUUUGUAUUUAUUGCAGGUUUGUAAAGAAUAAUAGUUCAUUUGAUACAAAUUUUUGUGUAUUUGAAAGGAAAAUAAUAUUUUUAAUUAUAAUUACUAUUUUCAGGGCGUUCCUCUCGGUUUAAUCGGAGCGAUUCCAUUGCUUCUUUCCGGAAAGCAUGUCACUUACGGGCAACAGGCCGUCUUUUCAUUCGCUUAUUGGCCUUUCAGGUUUGGUUUUUAAGGGAUAAAUGAAAGAAGAACUUCUGAAUUUUGAAUCUAGGGUCCAUUAAAAAUAGGUAGGAAGCUUUUUUAAAGGGUUUUAGGCCUCCAAAUUUCGUCAUAGUGAAUUUUCUAUAGAAACCCGGUAAUUUAUAUCCAUUCUAUGAUGGAAAGAAAAAAUAAAGUUCAUUUUCCAGUUGAAUAUAAAUUUUUAAAAUCAAUAAAAUUUGAAUUUUUAACCUAGGUAUCAUGAAAAACAGGUGGGAAGUUUUUUUUUAAGGGUUUAAUGCUCCAUUUUUCAUCAUUAUUCGUCAAUUUUCAAUAGACAAUCGGUCAUUAAUUGAGUUUUGUAAGUUUUUAAACAUAUUUUUUGGUUCGCUCGAUAAAAAAUACCUGUUAGAACAAAUAGUUUCAAACUAACACUUACUUUAAAUUUUUGAUGCCGAAAAAUUGAAUUUAAUUGAGCUUUAAUCUCUCUUUUCUAUCAUAAACUGCGUGUGAAUCAGGGAUGCACAAGACGGGGGUUUUUUUUUAAAUCGAGAUCGAGACGAAAAAAAUUAUUUCGUAUCGAGAUCGAGACAAUUCGAAAUGAAAAAAAAAACCCAAAUUUUUGUUUCAAAAUAACGCUUACAAACUACCAAAACUCAAAAAUGUGCAAAAACUUCUCUUUAUUAUGAGAUAUUACGCGAAAUCUGAAACUGCGCUGUGGUUUUGAUCGCUUUCGGUAGGUGACGUUACGAUCGGAACGUCAAAUUUGACGCCUUAUUUUUAAAUUUUCGCUCAAAAAAGUCUUUUUUCAUCUCGAAAUAACUCGAGACGAUAUUUUGUCUCGAGAUAUUUCGAGAUCGUGUAUUGUGCAUCCCUGGUAUUAAUGAUCGAUUUUUUAUCGGAAGUUGACGAAUUAUGACGAAAAUUAAAGCCAAAAACAAGAUCCAAGGAGUUGUCAACUGAUUUAAUUUCUAGAGAUAUUUUUUGGCAAAAAAAUGAAAGUAAAUAUUGAAAAAGUUUAGCUUUUUGGACAUAGGUUACAUGGAAAAUAGUUGGGAAGUUAUUUGAAGGAUUCUGGAUUUCAAUUUUUUUAUCAUUUUAUUGGGAAAUCGAUGGUCAUAGAAAUUAGGCUAGGUUAUUUCAAAUUCCAUUUCUGAGUAUUUUGAAGACUUUUUUUGAAAAAAAUCAUAGAUUGUAGAAAACACCUCAUUUUUGAACGAAUCUUUGAAUAAUAUCUCUUUUGAAAUGUACAAAGAGGUUCCAGGAAUUUCAAAGUAACGGUCAGAAAGUGAAAAAGAUAACGGAGUUUUGGAGAGUUGGAGAUAAUUUUGAAUUGCGCAGAAAUGGCUAGAAACUGCUCAAAUUUAUUCAAAACAUCUUUUUUUGCAGUUUGAAAUUGUUAUGGGCGCCGAUCGUCGACUCGGUCUACUCGAAAAAGUUGGGCCGAAGGAAGUCGUGGAUGGUGCCGUGUCAGUACUUGAUCGGCAUCUUCAUGCUGGUCCUCUCCUUCCAAGUCCCCUAUAUUAUGGGUGAAACUGGUGAGAAUAUCUAGACUUUUCAAUAAAAUAUUAGGAAAAACACAUGAAAAUUGUGAAGACGGAACUAAUUCAACAAGAGUUUUUUGAAAAGUUUGAAAAAAAAAAGUUUUUUUCGAACGGCGAACAUUUUCCACGUUUUUUUCUAUUUGUAAUCGAUUUUUUUCCCCACGUUUUCAUAAUGAUUUAUCGAUCUAGUUUAUAUAGUGAUUUCCUAUUAGGAAAAUCUUUUAUCUUUUUAAAAAAAUCUAAAUCUUUAUAAAUUUAACGAAAAAAAUAAAGAAACGAAAAAAAUCGGAAAAGUCGUCAUUUUAAGAACCACUGGUAUUGAAUCGGCACCCCAUAAAUUAUUUCAAAUUUAAGAAAAAAAGUAAGGAAAAUGGUAGACAUUGAACGGAUUCAACAAGAUCUUGAAAAUUUCCCUUUUUCAGUGAAUUUGACGCAAAAAUGGCUACUUUUUGAAGGGAAUUGAAGUUUUAUAUGUAUAUCAGUUUUAUCAAAAAAAUUUGUUCCUUCCGAGUUCUUAUAAGAGGAACUGGUGAGAUUUUUGAGAUUUCUCGAAAAAAAUAUCAUUUUCCAAUAAAAAGAUCGAGAAAGGUUGAACUAAUUUAACGCGAUUUCCUCGGAAAAAUUAGGCUUCUUUUUUGAAAGUUUGGAAAAUUCAGAAGGAAAACAGUUGAUGAUAGGAAUUUUGCAGCUUUUAUAACUCUAACUUGACCAAAUUCGAAAGUUUGAUUUUUCAGGAAGUCAGCCGAAUGUCAUUUUUUUGAUGCUUAUUUUCCUGCCCCUGAACUUUUUGGCGGCCACUCAAGAUAUUGCCGUCGAUGGAUGGGCUCUCACAAUGCUUUCCAAGUUUGUUAAUAAUUUUUUAGAUUAUCUAGUUAUCAAUCAUUUUGAUAACAGUUUUUUUCGUCAUUUCAAAAACUCUCAUUUUCAUUAAAAAGUCGAUCAAUUGCAAGAUUUUUUUGAGCUCACGGUUUCUAGAACAGCACAAAAAUCAAAACGGGAUUGAAAUAAUAAUUAAUGUUUGUUUUGGGGCGGCUUACAUAAUUUUCUCAUUAAGAAUGUUUCUAGUGAAGAAGAAGAUUUAUAAAUUUCUGGAAAUUCACAAGAAAAUUUCCUUUUUCGAUUUGAAAAAAAUAAGAACUGAACCCAUUUUUUUCGGAGAAAAGAGUUCUUCAAGAAAAAAAUGUUUUUUUCAAGGUCUAAAAUAUUGAUUCAAGAUGUGUUUUUUUCUAAAAGUUUGACCUUAAGAAUUUUAUUUUAAACGUUUUGGGGCGGUUUUCUGAAAAAAAUUUUUUUAGUGAACAAUCUAAUAAAUUUUUGCAAUUUUUACUUAAUUAUCCAACGGAAAAACUUUUUACGUUCUCGACAUUCUUCACGAAAAUUAAAUUAAAUAAAAUUAAAAAUUUUUUUAUAAAUUUUUUUAAUUGUCGUAAAAUACGCUAUUACCACCGCAAUCACGGAAUUAUUCGAGUUACAAUGUUUCAAUUUUUUUUUCAAACUGACUAGAGAAACUUUCCUGUGAGUUUAGUCGUGAUUACUUGGGUCCUGAAAAUUUUAUGAGGCCUUUCCGAGUUUCUUAUCUUCUUGUACGGUUCUAUAUUUGGCGUCUCGAAAAAUGACGGUGAAAAAAUAAAUUUACAGAAGAAACGUCGGCUACGCUUCAACGUGUAAUGCAGUGGGACAGACGGCCGGAUAUUUCCUGGGAAACGUCGUUUUCCUGGCUCUCGAGUCGGCCGACUUCUGUAACACUUUCUUGAGAACCACCGCCAAUCAAAAGGAGACCGGAAUCGUCGAUCUUGCCAGUGAGUUUCCUCACUUUUUACGUCGAAAAAUGCCUUUUUUCAAAAAUUAUUCGUGUAAAGUAUUUUUUAACAGCGAUUUUAUUAGAAUUUCAUACCUUGAAAGUAUUCGAAAUUCCUAUAAAUUAAAGGUCUCUGAUUUUUUGUGAAGUUUACGGUCUCAAAAGAUUUGAAAUGGUCGAAAUAACUUGAUUUUUUUGCUUCGCUACAUAAAUCCCAUUAAAAAAAUUACCUUGAAAAACGUUUUUUUCAUGGAGUUUUUCCCAUUUCCGUGUGUAAUUUUGGAGUUUUUGUCUUUUUGGUUGGCAAAAAAACCGGUUCUGGCAGUUAUUUGAUGCGAUUAGUUUGAGAAAAAAAGAGGUUUAAUUAAAUUCUUCCUUGAGAAAAUUUUUUCAAAGUUUUUUUCAGGGUAAAUUUCUGAUUUUUUUGGUUUUUUUGUACAGCUUUGGAAAGUCGAAAAAAAUCAUUUCAAAAAAAUUUUUCCCUGAAGUGGCAACUUAUUGUGAAUAGCCGUCGUUCUCAGUGUAAAGUACGCAAGCAGUGGAUUUGACGCGAAAAAUUUAUAUAAUAAUUUCAAUAAUUUGUUCAAAAAAACUUUCUCAUAGCUCUCAGAGCGUCAAUUAUUUCACUAUAGUGGUCACUUUUUCAUCUACUCCUGACAAAAACACUCCAGGGCUCACUAGACUUAUUCAUAAAAGACUUAGUAUCUUUGAACUUUCUCUGACCUUCCCCCAGUGAAAACCAAAAACCAAACCUUUUUUUUUCCCCGCGAAUUUGCGCUCCAACUCAAAAAACCAAGGCGUGACGUCAUUGUUGCCUUCCGAAUUUAAUAUAUAUCCGUCAGAACGUUCCCAGAUUUACCCACGCCUACUCGAAAAAAGGCGGAAAAAGUGGCGCGAAACGGAUGAAUUUUCCCAUUUUGUUUGGUCCCUCGGGGAGGAUUCUGAAGUCUGGUGGAAAUUGGCCCGGUUUUUUAUAACUCUGCGGCGGCUGGUCCAAUGAAUUGAGUCGAGAUUUGAGUAUUUCCGCUUCUUCUAGCUCAUAAAACAAUGUAGAAUUGGGUGAAUAAUGAAAAUGUCGUCGUUUGUGGUGUGAAGUACGCAAAAAAAGUUCCAUAAUGAUUUAUCGAUCUAGUUUAUAUAGUGAUUUCCUAUUAGGAAAAUCUUUAUCUUUUUAAAAAAAUCUAAAUCUUUAUAAAUUUAACGAAAAAAAAUAAAGAAACGAAAAAAAUCGGAAAAAGUCGUCAUUUUAAGAACCACUGGUAUUGAAUCGGCACCCCAUAAAUUAUUUCAAAUUUAAGAAAAAAAGUAAGGAAAAUGGUAGACAUUGAACGGAUUCAACAAGAUCUUGAAAAUUUCCCUUUUUCAGUGAAUUUGACGCAAAAAUGGCUACUUUUUGAAGGGAAUUGAAGUUUUAUAUGUAUAUCAGUUUUAUCAAAAAUUUGUUCCUUCCGAGUUCUUAUAAGAGGAACUGGUGAGAGGAACUGGCAACAAAAAAAUUUCAUUUUUACCAACAGAAAAAGUAGUAGUCGUCCUUUUCAGUGUAUAGUACGCAAACAGCAGAUUUGACGCGCAAAAAUAAUUUUCCUUUUCCUCUGGAGACUUUUUUAGACUCGAAUUUCACAAAUUUGUCGAACAAUCUCCAGUAAUCUCAGUCCAAUGUUUUAUCAACAAUGUGAACAAUCUUAAAACCCAUAAAAUUUACAUUUUUCUGGAAGUAAAUUGGAAAAAUCCGAUCACAAAGCACUAAUUGAGAUAUGAUAGCGAAAGUUCUAAGCGAUUUUGAACGUUUUACGGCAGGUUUUGGUUAGGGAAUUGGAUUUUUUUCAUCAGCAAGUUCGCCCGAUCCAGUAGUACGUGUCGAAGAGGAACAUCUCGCAGCUGGAAGAAGUAUAUUUUUUUGAUCAAAUUUUUUUGGAGAAUAAAUGUCCUUCCUUGUUUUUUUGAAAGAAAAUCGGUAUUAUUUUUCACGAUUUUUCAAAUGGAAUUUGUGAAAUUAGGACAUAAUCUUCCAGUACAAUGGCGGAAGGAGAAGCCCAACUUCAUUAUUUUUUUGGUAAAAUUGAAAUUUUUCUCAACUCUAAAUUAACGGUUGUUGGGUCAAUUUGUAAAUGAGUUUUUCAAAAAAAUCGAAUUUUUUAUCUACCUUUCGAAAUGAUUUUUUUAAAAGGAUGAUGCGUUUUUUUGUGCAAAUUUUAAAUGAAAAACUGCUCUUUAUCGUUAGGUUUAGCAUUAGAAACAGCUUCAAAUAGCGAUUUUUGUUUUGAAAAAUGUUCUAUUUUUCGUUUCGAGUUCAAUUAAAAGGCUUAUUCCGAGCAUUUUCUCAAUAUCUCGGAUAGUUGAGAAGCUCCCUAGUAUCUCCAGAAAUUUUUACAGUAUCUCCCUCAAGUUUCACAGUAAAAAAAACCUGGUAUUGCGGAAUUGAUCGUAGACGGCGCUCAUACCGUAUCCACCUCUCUCACUGACAAUUACCGCACUCCACCAAUUACCGAACCUUUCUUCUGAUUGCUGUUUUAGGUACCUGGAAAAAUAGAUUAAAUAUUAAAAUCUAAAGUUUUGCCCUUCCAAGGGAACACUUAAGGGGUUUAGGAUUUACUUAAGCAAUCACUAAUCGUAUCAGAAUCGAAAUAUAACGCUUAUUAUGUUCAUAUAGAUGAGGAAAGCUUGAGAAGAUUCCUGGCCUUUGAAGGGAGCACUUAAGAGUUCAUGAAAUCACUCUAGUGGUCACUAAGUAGCUCAGAACUGUUUGGGAAAUAAAAAAGGACAACUGACCGUUUUUCUUCUUUUAUAGAUUAAGGGAGUUGGAGAAAAGGCCCCAGCCUUUCAAGUGACCACUUAGGAGAUGAUGAAAUCACUUGAGUGAUCACUAAGUAGUUUAGAAUCGUUUGAGAAACCAAGAGGACGUCUAGCGUUUCUCCUCCUCUUAGGAAAGCUUGAAAAACUUAUCUUUUCAAGGGAACUUUUGAUAAAACAUCACUUAAGCGGUUACUUGAUGGUUCUGACCAAAAAAAGCUCACUUUGCCUGAUAACUGUACUGGUGGGGGUACAUGCCGACGGUUUCCAAAACCAAUUCACGUAGUUUUUCUGAUUUGCAGUUGUCUCCGCGGACUGAAAUUGAAAAAAGUUAUUUUUAAAGUUAAAAAAAGGAUUUGUUGUUUUCUUUUUGCUCCAGGAAAAUAAUAUAGGAUAAAUAAUUGAUUUAACAAAAUCAAUAGGCUCAAAAGAUGACAGUUUAUAGUGAACUUAGGUAUGAAAAUGAUAUUGAAACGUAAAAAAAAUUUGAGAUUGAAAAUUUUGAUUAUUCAUUUUAUAGUCUUUCUGUGAGAUGAAAAAUGUCCAUAUAUGGCGAUUUCAUUAUGGGAAAUAACCACGAAGAAACGAUUUUGCUGAAAAGCUAAAAAGAAAAUCAUCCAAAUCAAAAUUCAAACCAACCUCUCAUCGCGAAUGAACAUGGAAACAGUAGUAAAAAGGUGGCUAGAAGUCGAAAAAGGGCGUUUUUCCGUGUAAGCAUCUCCAUUUGUGCCGACGUUACCGCUGCCGCGUUCAGGAAAAUGUUGACCCGCACCUUGAAUGAUUGAAAUCGAGAAAAGAAAAAAAAACUACUUUUACGCUUCGUUGCAAUACAAGAAUUUGUGAAUCACCAGAAAAAAAAGAAAAACGAAACUACUUUGAAAAGCUCGCAAGCUCAGUUUAACACUACUUUAUAUAGCUCUUCGGGUCAUAAAAAAGAAGAGAGAUUUGGCCGCUAGAAGGAAGGAAAAAAAGUUGCCAAAAAAGAAUGACUUUCGUGGGUGGAGCCUUCUCAUCCAUUUUUCGGCAUUUUUUUGGUUUUUUGUCGUUCGUUGAAAUGACAGCUCUUCGGAAAGUGACGUGAAGCUCGUUGGAGACCGAAGGGAUGUUCGGAUUUUCUGAGCAGAACUCUGAAAAUUAAAAAAAAAGGCGGUCUAGCUCCUUUUAGUUGUGGAUGUUUUGAGAUCAUUUGAGUAGGCUCAAAAAUUUUUUGGAGCGAGAAAAAUCUGUUCAACUUGAAUUAGUCUGUUUUAGUCGUGGGUCAGGAAGGUUUUACGCUUAAGGAGAUUUUUGUAGACAAAAAGGCCGUUUUUCCUCCAAUCUGUGCUAUUAAUGAACACCUGGAAGGUAGAAUUGAACAGUUUAAGGAUUUUUUUUGGGAUUUUUUCGAGAAGUUAUCAAACGUUCUCCAGCAUAUGAGAAGUCUUCACUUGAGCCGUUUAUUUUCCGGAAAAUUUCUGAUUAGAAGAUUUUUAGCCGUAGGGCGAACUUUCCUCUAAGUUUCAGCUACUCAGAAUUUCUCAGCUCUAUUAAAUAUCUUUGGUUGACUUUUUUUUUGUGCCGUUCAGAGGCUUUUUCAAAGAUAUGAGAAUGGAAAAUUUGGUGUAAUGGUUGGAAAAAUGGAGUCAACUGUUGGAAAAAACACGAUGUUGGCGUUUUGAGAGGUAUAUUUGUGGACACAUUAUGGUACCUUUCCGAUUCGUCCGUGUAGAAAUUUUAUCGGAAUAAAGAAAAAUAAUAUUAUAUAAUUGGUCGUUGUUUCAAAGAAUAUCUGAUGCUCAAAAAAAAAAUAAUAGAAAAAACUAAACGCAACAACGAAUAUAGAGAGAAAGGGACGUUCCGUUUUUCGCGUAUGAUUUGUUUAUCGUAGCGGAUUCGCAGCCCAGUGGCUACUCCCUCAAUAAUAAUAAUAUACAAAUACCGCCGAGUUUAUAACCAAAACAAAAGAGUUGCAAAAUAUUUGACAAGGGUAGUCUGUACAUAUUUUUAAUUUGAAGCGGCUAACUCCGCCCCUUUUGACUAUAGUAUCUAUCGCGUCGGCAUCUUAUCGCUUGCAAAGAUGAUCCUCCUUUAAUAGCGCUCUAUUUUUUGACUAUUUUUUGAACUAUACGAUCACAAAAGAGAUCAAGAAAGACGGAAAAUGUAGCGCUAUUAAAGGAUCAUCGUCUUUCGCGAUAAUUAAUCUAAGGUACUGUAGCCACGAGGCACAGUAAGCUUCUUGACAGUAUAUAUCUUGAAAGACUACUGGGAAAAGCUCUAGUGGCCACUAAAAACCUCUAUAGAAGCCCCUAUUCCGCGUCUUAGGGACCACUAUAAUAGUUUUUAAUGGUGUAGUAGUACCACUUUGUAUUCUAAAGAGGUCACUUAAUUUUAGCCACUUAAGUGGCCACAAUAGUGGUCACAAAUCUAAAGAGGCCACUAGAAUUUUUCCCAACGUAUUUUGAAAAUUAACGUUAUAAGAUUCAGAUGAAGCUUAGGGUAGACGUGCUCCAAAGUGCCCAUUUUCGGAAAUAAAAACGUUUUUUUCACCUGUUUGACUUUUAGAAAGGUGUACAGCUUUAUAGAGACCAAAAUGUCACUAUUUUGCUCCCAAAAAGUUCUCUAUUACGUAAAUUGAGCUUUAAUAAAUACUACGACGUGAAAUUAGGUUUUUUUUGGAAUCAGGGUUCUCCAAAAUGUCUUGAAGCUAACUAGGGAACGUUUUUUAGCCACCUGUUGAACUUUUGAUUGAACUUCAUGACCUCCUGAUUUCAGAACAAGAGGAAAAUUUCUCUCAUGAGGUAUUUUCUUCGAUUUACGAAGCUUCAAACAUUGUAAAUGAGAUAAAUUAUCACAAAAAGCGCUAUUUCGGACCUUUGAAGGGUCUUAACCUUGAAAUUUUUGGUUGUUCUGAAGUCAGGAGGUCCUAGAGUACAUUUAAGCAAAGUUUCAUAAAAAGUUCACCACGGGAAAAAAAGAUCUCUAGUAAGAAAUAACGAAGAUUUAAAUGGGAAAACUUUGAAGGUUACGUCUUCUUCUGGGGCUGGGUGUUCAUCGGCACGACGACGCUGGUGUUGAUCUUCAAGCGCGAAGUCGACAAGUCCGUCGCCAAAUCCACCCCACCGACCACUCCAUCACAGCCGCAGUUUGUCAAGAAAUAAUUUCUGAGAGAAAUUUUGACGAUUUCCAGAGAAACUGAUGACGAAGAAGAGCUGGAACUGGGAAUCUUUGAGACCUACACAGUUCUCUGGAAGAUCCUCUGCCUGAAACCCAUGAUUUAUAUGCUCAUCAUUUUGAUCACUGGAAAGGUUUUUGAGUUUUUUAUGGUCGCAUGUAGAAUGGCUCAGCGCGAUUUUGACGGUUCGAAGUGGAGUUUUAAAAUUUAUACUUACUUUUUUUCAUUUUUAUAUUUUUUUAUAUAUCCAUUUCUAAGCCGAUAUGAGUGCAAAGUUCACAAAAAAAUUGUAAAAAAAGCCGACAAAAAAAUAAAAAAAUUAAAAAAAGCUAACGGUAUCCAUAAUGUCACAGAUGCUGCCGUGCGUGAGUAGUUUUUUUGUCGGGUGACGUUUUUUUAGCUUUUUUUAAAUCUUUAGAAAGUUUAUUAAGACUUAAACCUCCCUUAUAAAAUUUGAAUGGCUCUACGCGUCGCGGUCGCGCUGCGGUUCGAGCUCGAUUUUUCAUCUUGAGUCAUUCUUAAAGAAGGAUAGACCUGAAAUUUUGGUAGUUUUUCAGAAUUUUCUCGGUUUCUUGCUCAGUUUUUGAGGUUCAUUAGGGAUCUAUAUCUAGCAAAUUUCUUCCAAAAGCCUUCCAAUCCAAUCAAGCUCCAUUUUUCAUGCUUUAACUGAGCUAUUCUCCGUGCGACCAAUUUUUCAAGAAUUUCUGAAGCAGUUUUUUAAUGUAUUUUUAGAUGGCUUUCGCAGCGACCGACGGCAUGACAAGUCUGAAACUGAUCGGGAUGGGAAUUCCGAAGGAUCGACUGGCGAGUAUCGGCCUUUUCCUGACGCCGAUGCAGAUCCUGCUCCCCUGGAUGAUCGGAAAAUGGACGGCCGGACCGAGGCCCCUCAACAUCUUCUUGCUCGCUUAUCCUUAUAGGUUCCUUUCGAUUUUGAAGUUUUAAAUGACCCGAAGCUUUAUUUGAUCAGUAAAUCAGUCAUUCCUUAUAGUCAUGCUGGUGAAUAAGAACAUUUGAAUCUUUGUCGAACAAAGGCUUCUGUAGAACUAGAAGUUGAAACGUGUAGUUGAUCAAUUUGAAAGCAAUUUCUUACGAUAUCCACUUGGUUUUUGUGCUCUUAUCACGCGCCAAGCUUCGGAAAAUCAUAUCUGGGCUCUAGAACCUUUUUGAAAAAAGAUAACUGGUCUUUUGUGACAAUUGAAACAAGGGCUUUAUUUCCUCAAUCAGGGACACUGAAGUUUUCGCCUCCUAACUUUUUUCACCGGCCUCGAGGGCAGUUUCUGAGACCACAUUUGGAAUCAGCUUGAAAAACCACAUUUAGUGAACCUAAUCUCAUUCAAAAGUCCCACUGCAAUGGAGGAUGUUCCCUAGAUAGUCCAUUCAUUAGCAAUUUUGAAGAGCUCGAAAUGUAGUGGACCUUGAAGCUGGAGCUCGGAGACCGUUCUGUAGUUGAGAUCGUCAAAAAGAGAGAAACCACUUCAGUGAAGACUACACGGAAUAUUUUUUGACGCAAAAUGACCUUCAACAACAGUCUUUUUUUAAUCCAUAUAGUUGCGUUUGGCGCGCUUACAUACGGUUAUUCAGUCUUGAGAGAAGAUUCCCUGCUGAAUCAUGGGAUGACUGAAAAGUUGUUAGGUUCAUGAACCUGUAGUUGAUCAAUAACGACGCGUAGAUCAUCAGGUCUUUUUUGGGAUAGUAGUAGACGAGUUUUGAAAAAUCCGACGGUGAACCUUCUCUAUGUGGGAGUAAGCGAGCUUUAAGAUUCUCAUAUUUGAAAGAAAAAUCAUUUUUUGAAGAACUUUGACUCUCGUUCAGCCUUGUAUAUUAGUAAAGAUAAGAACACCUUUUCAAAAUCAUAAACUUUUUCGCUUGGCCAAUAGAAAAUGCGGGAAUUCGCGGUAGUUUUUUAUUUCUUUUUAUUUACCCAAAAGGUCUACAACUUGCUCGCAAUGCGAGAAAUAACCAAAAACAGUCAAAUGGUACCAGGAAGAGAAUAAGACCCAAUGAAAAGGCGGAGCUAGUAUUACUCAAGCGAUAAACCUAAUUUUUCGAACUUUUCCUGAUUUUUUUUUUUGAAUCUUUCGGGAAUACCAAGCAGUUUGGGAAGCUUCAGAAUUCGUUAGCUUGAAUCGGAAAAAAUCCUUCUCCCUUUGGAUCAAUUCGUUUGCUUUCAGAAUCUUUGUUGGUGGCAUUUUCGCGGCGUUGGUCUGGUGGACGCCGCAUUUCCGACUACCCGACGGCAAAUUCGAGUAUUCCGUCUACAUUGUCUGGAUCGGCGGCUACAUCUUCCAUCAGGUCCUUCAUUUCAUCAUUUUGACGUCAUCUGAGUUUUCAACUUCAGGUCGCCACCUACUGCAUGUUCGUCUCGAUGAUGGCCUUCUGCGCCCAAAUAUCGGACCCUCGGAUCGGCGGCACCUACAUGACGCUCCUCAACACCAUCAAUAACCUCGGUGGAAAUUGGCCCGUCACCUUGAUCCUGUCGUUGACCGACUGGUUCACCUUCAAGGAUUGCGUCAAGAAAGGCACCAAAAGGUGAGUCGAAAAGGCUCAACAGUCAGAGCCCAAGGCCAGUAUUCACAAAAUGAAGCUUGUUGUUCAGCGUCCUGUACGCCUGCAACAAGAAAGACCUCGCGGAUCAGUGCGCGGCCGGCGGCGACGUCUGCGAAGUCUCCAUCGACGGAUAUUUCAUCGCCGUCGCCUUCUGUAGUGUCGUCGGAAUCAUUUGGUGAGUACUCAUUUGUUCUUCUUCUUACGCCCCGCCGGCGGCCCAAGUCGAUUAGUCGAGGUCCUGAUAUCAGUGAUAAUCAGGGGGUUGGCUCUAGUGACCUAGCCGUCCUUGUUUUGGACGGCUGGGAAUAGUAGUUGCCAACUACCAACACUUCUUAACCUCCUUGGUUGAGUCGCAGCGGGGAUCGAACUUGUGACCCUUUGCAAACUAGACAGGCACACAACCUGUUGCGCUAAGAGCCGCUAAGAUAUCAUUUGUUGCAGUUCUGAACUUGGAACACUGAGCUUCGAAAGAGUUGCGUUUUGAAACUUUCUGGAAAUCGGAAAGUCUGAUUAGAACCCCAAAUUUUAAGCUCCUGUUCGGGCAAUGACCCUUUUUCGGUCUUAAUAAUCCCAAUCUUCUGAUUUUUGACUUCAACGUUUACACACUGAAGUCGUUUUUGGUCGGUUGCGCUUCAAAGCCAUUCCUAACGCCACCAUAAUGGGAAAUUGAAAAAAAAACGUUUUAAUGAGGAGGAGUUUCUAAUUAACGCACUGGGACUUGAAUUCCGGAAACUGAAAAAGGCUUUUUAACGCGAAUCGGGCGUGUCGGGGCAUUUCUAGUGACCACUUUAGUAGCUUCAGCACUCUUAAGUAAUCCCUAGAAUAAGAAAGUUUCCGAGUACGUCCGGUUUUCGUUACCGACUCGGACUUUGGUAACGCGAAAUGGACGUGCUCCGGACUUUUCUGGGCAUUUUUAGUGACCCCUUUAGUAACAUCAGAACUCUCAAGUGAUCCCUAGAAUCUGAAAAGUCCGGUUCUCGUUACCGACUUCCUGAAAGUUAUCCAUAGAGCACUCUAUCUUUCUCACUAAUCAACUCAUUUCCAGGUACAAACUGCUCUUCAACAAAGUCAAAUACCUUCAAAAGAUCCCGCGAAGUCAAUGGAGCGUCAUUAAGAAAUAG